CCGUAGUUGGAUGAAUCAGUCGACGUUUUCAGUCCUUGGGAUAUGACUGUGCUUUUGUAGUGGAGUGCUAACUUUAGCAAGACCGUUAGCUGCUUGUCAGAUUUCUAGGAUUAAAUUAGCCGAAAGAGAGUAAAUUGAGUGCCAACGCGUUCUGUGGACAACCUGAACUUUUUCGUUAGCCUUAAUAUUUUUUUAAGAUGAUAAGAAUAGUGAUGGUGUUUGCCGGUAAACGAAGCUGACCUAACUUAGGCUAAAUGGCUAGCUAGCGUGUCAUCAACUUGUGAAUUUCAUAACUUAGUCAGUGUGUGGGCCAUAACAACCUUACGACUGAGCAAAAGGGGGUAGCUAGCACAGAAACUGACCGCUGGCCGUUGUGUUAGACGGACAACACAACAACUUGCACUGAGCAAACCGUAGCGAACUAAAACUGUAUAUUAGCUAGCAUAGUGAAGCUAGCUAGUUUGGCAUUUGGAAUAUGAAAAAGGCACAGUCCGACACACUGGGAUUUGUUCCUCAAAAAGACAUUGUGUACAACAAACUUCUGCCGUACGCGGACAGGUUAGAUGAAGAAUCAAAUGAAAUUCUGAGUAAAAUUAAAGCCAAUUUGGGCCGAGCAGUCCAGCUCAGAGAGAUAUGGCCCGGUGUCCUGUUUUGGACAAGGAAACUUUCCACGUAUAUGCGCCUCUAUGGGCGGAAGUUCAGCAAAGAAGACCAUGUGUUGUUUAUCAAGUUGCUCUACGAGCUAGUGACGAUCCCCAGACUGGAGAUCAGUAUGAUGCAGGGCCUUGCUCGACUCCUUAUCAACCUACUCAAGAAAAGAGAACUACUGUCAAGGGAGGACCUUGAGUUACCUUGGAGACCACUGUAUGAGCUGCAUGACAGGAUUCUUUUCUCCAAGACGGAGCAUCUGGGCCUCAACUGGUUUCCCAACUCUGUGGAAAAUGUGCUGAAAACACUUGUGAAAAGCUGCAGACCAUAUUUUUCACAAUCUGCUACUCAGGAGAUGCUGGAUGAGUGGAGACCCCUACUCUGUCCUUUUGAUGUCACCAUGCAAAGAGCGAUCAGCUACUUUGAGCUUUUCCUACCCACAACUCUCCCCCCAGAGCUCCACCACAAGGGUUUCAAAUUGUGGUUUGAUGAGAUGAUUAGCUUAUGGGUGUCUGUGCAGAAUCUUCCAAGCUGGGAAGUGCAUCUGGUAAAUCUCUUCGCUCGCUUGGCUAAUGACAACAUUGGCUACAUUGACUGGUACCCUUAUAUUCCGAAGAUUUUCACAAGAAUUUUGAGGAGUUUAAAUCUCCCUGUGGGGACGAGUCAGAUGAUGGUACCACGUUAUCUCACUAAUGCCUAUGACAUUAGCCAUGUCGUGUUGUGGGUCUCAUCCCUCUUGGGAGGACCCAGCAAGCAGGCUCAAGCACAGCUCACUGGCCUUUUCAACAGUAUUACAUCCUUUUUCCAUCCAUCAAACCAUGGCCGCUGGUUGAUGAAGCUCAUGAAGCUGCUCCAGCGUCUCCCGGCGAGUGUUGUGCGACGGCUGCACCGGGAGCGCUACAGAAAGCCCACUUGGCUCACACCAAUACCCGACAGUCACAAGCUCACGGAGGAUGAUAUCACUGCAUUUGUGGAGAGUAUGAUGCAGCCAGUUCUGCUGGCCAUGUUCAGCAAGACAGGCAGUCUUGAUGCAGCCCAGGCCCUGCAAAACCUGGCUCUGAUGAGGCCUGAAUUAGUCAUUCCACCUGUGCUGGAGAAGACCUAUCCAGCUCUGGAGACACUAACAGAGCCACACCAGCUGACAGCCACACUGAGCUGCAUGAUUGGUGUGGCACGGAGCCUUGUGUCAGGUGGGCAGCGUUUUCCUGAGGGCCCCACUCACAUGCUGCCCCUGCUCAUGAGGGCUCUGCCAGGCGUGGAUCCAAACGACUUCAGCAAGUGCAUGAUCACAUUCCAGUUCAUUGCUACAUUUGUGACCCUUGUGCCUUUGGUGGACUGUUCAUCUGCCCUACAUGAAAGAACAGACCUGACUGAGGUUGAACGAGAGAUGUGUUCAGCCUCAGCUGAGUUUGAAGACUUUGUCCUUCAGUUUAUGGACAGAUGCUUUGCCCUGAUAGACAGCAGCACUUUGGAACAAACACGGGAGGAAACAGAAACAGAGAAAAUGACUCAUUUGGAGAGUCUGGUAGAACUUGGCCUGUCAUCCACCUUCAGUACCAUCCUCACACAGUGCUCCUUGGACAUCUUCAAGGUGGCUCUGGAAAAGGUGUUUAACUUUGCUACUACCAACAUCUUUGAGACACGUGUAGCUGGGAGAAUGGUGGCUGAUAUGUGCAGAGCUGCUGCCAAAUGUCACCCUGCAGAGUCACUCAAAAUGUUUGUGCCACACUGCUGCAAUGCCAUAAACCAAAUUGCUGUCAAUGAGGAAGUGUUGAAUGAGGAGGAGCUUGACAAAGAGUUGCUGUGGAAUCUACAGCUACUGUCUGAGGUUAGUCGGGUGGAUGGUGACAAAGUCUUGCCGUAUCGUUCCGACCUGGUCCAGAUUUUGCAGCUGACACUUCACCUGAAAUGUAAGCAGGGGUACAUACUAGCUUGCAACCUGCUGCACCACAUUCUACGCUCCACUGCCCUCAUCUACCCCACCGAGUACUGCAGUGUGCCAGGAGGUUUCCAUCAACCAAUCAGUGACUACCUACCCAUUAAGGACUGGGGUCGACCAGGGGACCUAUGGAACUUGGAUAUCCGGUGGCAUGUUCCCAGUGUUGAGGAAACCUCUUUUGCAUUUUAUUUGUUGGACCUCAUCCUGCAGCCUGAACUCCAGCGGCUUCAGAGAUUCGCACAGGGAGAGCAGGACAUGAGCAGGGAUGAUGUCUUGCAAAGCCUGACCAUUGUGCAGCACUGCCUGUUAGGAGCUGGAUGUCUGAUGCCCCCACUCAAAGGAGAUCCCGUUCCUGAGCUUGUUCAUAGCUUGGUGAACUUAAAUGAGACCACCCUCUACACAGGAAUGCAGUAUGACGAGUCAAGAGAGAACUACAGAGAUGCUAUCUGCCGUGUUAUGAGACAGCUGCUGCAUUACAUUCUGGAGCACUCUGAAGAUGACACAAAGUCUCUUUUCUCCAUCAUCAAGAUUGUCAGUGACCUGUUGCACUUCAAAGGGUCUCACAAACAUGAGUUUGACUCCCGCUGGAAGAGCUUCAACCUUGUGAAAAAAUCGAUGGAAAACAGACUUCAUGGCAGAAAGCAGCACAUCAGAGCAUUACUGAUUGACAGAGUUAUGCUCCAGCAUGAACUGCGUAAGCUGACAGUGGAAGGAUGUCAGUACAGAAGCAUUCACCAGGAGCUUAUGAGAGAUCUUUUAAGGCUUUCCACAAGCACCUACAGCCAAGUUCGAAGCAGGGCUCAAAGUGUAUUGUUCACUGCACUAGGAACCUACAAUUUCUGCUGCAGAGACCUGAUCCCCCAUGUGCUUGAGUUUCUCAACCCAGACAACAGCAGCGUUACACAACAGCAGUUCAAAGGUGCCUUGUACUGUCUACUAGGGAACCACAGUGGAGUAUGCCUAGCCAAUUUGCAUGACUGGGAGUGCAUCGCUCUGACAUGGCCUGCUAUUGUGCGUUCUGGCCUCAGCUCAGCCAUGUCCCUAGAGAAACCCUCCAUUGUGCGGCUCUUCGAUGACCUUGCAGACAAAAUCCACCGCCAGUAUGAGACCAUUGGGAUCGACUUUUCUAUUCCGGCUGAGUGCUGUGCUGUGGCCAACCAGCUCAUGGUCACAGGAAAUCCUCCUCCCACAGAACCUGUUCCUACAGACGAUGAAAUUGCUGAGGGUGUGAAGAAGCAGAAACUCAAGAACACAGAGUCUGUGGAUAAAUACCAACAGCUCAUUGGUGAUCUGCUGGAGUGCCUUGGCAACAGGAACAUGCCGUGGAAGUUUGAACAUAUAGCAAUUGGCUUCCUGUCAUUGCUACUGAGAGAUGACCACCAGCUGCCACCUGCUGCUGUCAUGUUCUUUGUCAAAAGCCUCAAUCAUGACUCCCUCUAUGUCCGCAAGGUGGCGAUAUCUGCUGUGGCAGGAAUCAUGAAGCAAAUAAAGAGACCACAUAAAAAAAUCCCAGUCAGCCCAUCUGAGCUUUGUGAAGUGAAAGAGCCGAGUGAUAUUAUAGCUGGGGACCGUGCAGACAACAAGUGGCUCCAGUAUAACAGCUGCAGCUUACCACGCACACAGCAGGACUGGGACCACUGUGUGUUUGUGGAAAAGACUCAUUGGGGAUACUACUGCUGGCCAAGAAAACUGAUGAUGUACGCACCAGUGGAAGAACAACCCAAAGAGAACAUGACCCGAGAUGAAAUGACAGAGCGGGAGCAAAUCAUCUUUGACCAUUUCUCAGACCCGGUUUUCAUCAACCAGUUCAUCGAGUUUCUCUCACUUGAGGACAGGAAAGGAAAAGACAAGUUCAGUCCUCGCAGAUUCUGCUUGUUCAAGGGAUUGUUCCGCAAUUUCGGCGAUGUCUUUCUGUCAGGUCUGCAGCCUCACAUGGAACGCCUCGUAGCUGAUUCUCAUGAGAGCAAACAGCGCUGCGUUGCUGAGAUCAUCUCUGGCUUGAUCAGAGGCUGCAAGCACUGGAGCUACACGAAGGUUGACAGCCUUUGGCAGCUGUUGUGUCCACUACUGCGUACUGCACUGUCAAACAUCACAAUAGAAACUUAUGCAGAUUGGGGAACCUGCAUUGCCACAGCCUGUGAGAGUAGAGACCCACGCAAGCUUCACUGGCUGUUUGAGAUGCUAAUGGAAUCUCCAGUUAAUGGAGAGGGGGGCUCUUUUGUGGAUGCCUGUCGCCUCUAUGUACUACAAGGAGGCCUUGCUCAGCAGGAGUGGCGUGUUCCUGAGCUGCUCCACAGGUUGCUGCAAUAUCUGGAACCCAAACUCACACAGGUGUACAAGAAUGUACGGGAAAGAAUUGGCAGUGUGCUGACGUACAUCUUCAUGAUUGAUGUCAACUUGCCAUACACCCAGCCAACCACCUCCCCUCGCAUCUCGGACUUCACAGAGCGAAUUCUGUUGCAACUGAAACCCCUAACUGAGGGUGAUGAAGAGAUACAGAACCAUGUGAUUGAGGAGAAUGAGGUGGGGGAGCAGGAUGAGAGGACACAAGCAAUAAAGCUGCUCAAAACAGUGCUCAAGUGGCUGAUUGCAAGUGCUGGCCGCUCCUUCUCCACUGCUGUCUCAGAACAGUUACGGUUGCUUCCCUUGUUGUUCAAGAUUGCUCCAGUUGAGAAUGACGAUAGCUACGAUGAGCUGAAAAGGGACGCAAAGACCUGCCUCUCUCUGAUGUCUCAGGGGCUCCUCUACCCAGAGCAGAUUCCCAUGGUCCUCAGCACCCUGCAGGAGAUUGCUGGCAGCAGCUCAUGGCAUGCUCGCUACACAGUGCUGACAUACCUCCAAAUAAUGGUGUUUUACAACCUGUUCACCUUCAUGAGUGACCCAAAAGCAGUGAACGAUGUCCGGGCGCUGGUGAUAAGACUGCUGGAGGAUGAGCAGCUGGAGGUAAGAGAAAUGGCUGCCACGACACUCAGUGGCUUCCUGCAGUGCAACUUCCUGUCCAUGGAUGGCCCAAUGCAGGCACAUUUUGAGGCUCUCUGCAAGACUCGCUUGCCAAAGAAGAGGAAGAGGGAGCUCGGUUCCAUUGUGGAUACCAUACCCUCUGCUGAUCUGGUGCGGCGCCAUGCUGGUGUUCUUGGGCUGAGUGCAUGUAUUCUCUCCAGCCCAUAUGAUGUCCCCACCUGGAUGCCCCAGCUGUUGAUGGACCUGAGUGCUCACCUAAAUGACACCCAACCUAUUGAGAUGACCGUGAAGAAAACGCUCUCUAACUUUCGGCGAACUCACCAUGACAACUGGCAGCAACAUAAGCAGCAGUUCACUGAUGACCAGCUGCUGGUCCUGACUGACCUGCUGGUGUCUCCGUGUUACUAUGCCUAACACCUGCAAUGAAGGACACUUCUACAUGAUAGUUACCAGCCUGUAUGGGGGAGGAGGCUCCAGCUUUUGCCUGAAGAAAGAUGCUGCAUCAGAAAAAGGAACUGAGCUGUGACACACAGACUGAACCAAUACUUGUAUUUAUGUAUUUAGCUCAUUGGCAUUUCUACUAUACUUAAUAUUUAAGGAUCAAUCAUAGCAGGUAUGACUGGCCUGCAGUUUGUAACAUUACUGUACAGUUUUUUUUUCUCUUCCUUUUUUGGUUUGGGUGCAUGUGCACGAGUGUACGUGAGUGUGUUUUUGAGAUGCUUGAAGACAUCGACUGGUGUCCCACACAUUUCUCAGGAUUAUAUCCCAUGUAUAAACUCUGAGCCAACACAAUGUCCAGUGUAGGACAUACUCUUUACUAUCUUCCAAUAGUGAAGUGUUUAUUAUAAACCACAGAGAAAUGACUAUGGAACAAUGGUCUUUAGUUCAGACAUUAACCUGCAACACACAAUGUUUGUGUGGCUGUUUGAUCUAUACAUGAUUAUAUGCAUAAUGUGUGUAUGUGUCAUGGCAUAGCAAAUAUGCACAAACAUAUUUAUUUAUUUAUUGUCCUUUUUUUUGAAGUGCUAAGUUUUAAUUUUCUUCAUAGAAAAUACUUCUGACUUUAAGUAGAUGGCUAAUCUUUUAGCAAGGAAGUCUGUUGUCAUCAAAGAAAGGGAGAGGGCACGCUCCCCACUGCUGUGCUGUGUGAUGCGUUUGCUGUGAGAACCUGAGCACAGUUUGAUUACCGUUUUGUGUGUCUCAUUGUAAGAAAACUAACCAAAAUGCCUGUUCCAUACUUUUGACUUUUUUUUCCCCCGUGUUCCACAGUUAUCAAUGACCUUUUUCUAAAGUCCGGUGAGAUUCAGUGAUUUUGGUUUGCAAACAUUUUGCCUGAUGACUUGAAAUCGGUCUAGGAAUUGAAGCAUUUAGUACCUCACAUAUGUAUAGUGUAGUGCCAAAACUGCAGUGAUUUUCUUUUCUUUGUUUUUGGUUUUUUUUUAGAUGUACUGUUUGCUUAUUGAAUGAUCCAACAAUAAACUGUUUGUAAAAAAAA